AUGAGAACUACUCUACCAGCCCCAGCUGACCCCGGUCAAAUUCAGGACGAAAUCGAUGUCCUGGCAAACACUCAUAAGAAUGAUCUAUGGCGUGUGAACAAACAGAUUCACGGAAACCCCGAGCCACACUAUGAAGAGGUGCAAGCCCAUGACAACAUUUGCAGUUUGCUGGAAAGCCUUGGGUAUACCGCCGCGCCUCAUGCAUACGGAAUCUCAACAGCUUUCCAAGUCGAGUUCGGCACCGGAGGGGGGCUCGUGAGUUAUAACGCCGAAUACGAUGCCCUCCCUCGUGGAAACGACGAGUACCACCAUGCAUGCGGACACAAUCUCAUCGCCACCUCCUCAAUUGCCGCCUUCCUGUUCACCGCGGGCUUGCUCAAAGAGAUGGGGAUCCAGGGCCGGGUCCGGUUGCUGGGCACACCAGCUGAAGAGUCGGGUGGUGGCAAAAUUGACUUGAUCGAAGCUGGAGCUUAUCGCGGCGUGGAUGCUAGUCUUAUGGCCCACCCAUCCAACGACAUCGAAUCCUUCGAUGGCAUCAGUUGUCCUAAGACUUUGGCCAUUAAUUCAGUCAAGAUCAAGUUCCAUGGAAAGGAGGCCCACGCUGCAGCCUCUCCGUGGGCUGGAGUCAAUGCACUCGAUGCUGUUGUUUCAACAUACAAUAACAUCGCGAUGUUGCGACAACAGCUUCCAUUAACAGAUCGUGUUCACAGCAUAAUUAGCAAUGGCGGCGAAAGACCGAACAUCAUUCCCGGACUUGCGGAGAUUGAGCUCUAUGCGCGGGCUGCCACCGAUACAGAGUUAGAAACACUUUGCAAACGACUUGAAGGCUGCAUCCAUGGCGGUGCGCAGGCAGCCGGAUGCAAAGUCGAAUUGACAUGGGAUCGGGCAUAUAAAAACCUGCGAAACAAUGAGACCAUCGCAAGGGUCUUUACCGACUCUAUGCGAGCCAUGGGGAAAACAUUCCAACACAAAUUGGAGGACAAUAUUGGAGGCUCAACUGAUCAAGGAAACGUGACCCACGAGAUCCCCGGUAUCCAUCCGAUGUUUGUGAUACCUACUCCAGAAGGCGACAUGGGACCGCAUACACCCGGGUUUGCAGAGGCAGCAGGCACAUAUGAUUCGUUUCUACGAGCCUUGGACGUUGGAAAGGGCCUUGCAACUGCAGGCUACCAAAUUCUGGCGGACCGCCAGCUCAGACAUGAGGCUUGGAAUGAGCAUGUCAAUAAAUGGCCGGGUGUAGCAAAGAGCGACGUCAGCUACACAUAA